CCUCUUUUGUAUGCUUUUCCCCUCUUCUUCUUUUUUAUCUUUUGCUUUUUUUUCUUCACGCGGCGGAGCGCGUGAUUCUACCUAGUUAUCCAGACAGGGCCUAGGUACCUCCAGCCAGAUUCUUGCUUGUGAUGCAUGUAUGGUGUAUCUUCACGUCACACGAUCUACACGCACAUAAAACCCAACUCUCUCUGUACACAAGCACCAAGCAGUGGAGAGUUCCUGCGAGAUCGAGGAACCAGCAUCGGUCACGACAAACGCAUAAAUACUAGGGUGAUAUGAUCCAGGGGCUAAAAAUUAGCCUCUUCCCUUAGCUUAGCUUUUAGCCCCUUUUAGUUCCAAAGGAUUCAAAUAGGUGGGGCUAUUUGAGGCCAAGGUGAAUUAGCCCCUUCUAAAAAAUUAGCAUUUCUAAGAGGUGCUUAUUGAGACUAUUUCUGCAUUGGCUUCACCGAAAAAUUAGUUUUCUCCUCGCUCCCCAUGCAUAGAAGAUACACUACGGGACAUAGGCUCUUUGCCGAGUGUCCCAAACACUCGGCAAAGCCCCAAUUACACUCGACAAAGGGUAAAUUUUAGUCCUCAAAUUAGUCCAUAGAUCCACACAACUCUAGAAGCUAAACUUUAGAGGGCGAAUUCAAACACUAAACUUAAGUCCUCAAAUUAGCCCAAGAGCUAAAUUAUCCAAACAGGGCCUAGGUACCUCCAGCCAGCUGAUUCUUGCUUGUGAUGCAUGUGUAUGGUGUAUCUUCACGUCACACGAUCUACGCGCACAUAAAACCCAACUCUCUCUCCACACACACACGCACCAAGCAGCAGAGAGGAGUUCCUGCGAGAGAAACCAGCAUGGGUCACGAGUCACGACGGACGCGUGGGGCGGGCGGCCAGGCCGGCCGGCGAGGAAACCUCCCAAUCUUAUCAUCAGCUGGAACAAGAACCAGGAGAGAAGAGGCACGACGCACCGUUCAUACGAGCUGAAUGAAUGAAUAGCCGCCUGGUGGCGGCAUGGGGGCCGACGCGUGGGCGCCCCUGCUCAUCCUCGGCGCUCUCCUCCUGGCGGCGGCGGCGGUGGCGCUGCUGCUGCUCGCGGCGUGGCGCCUCGUGUGGCGGCCGCGGGCCGUGGCGCGGUCGCUCGCGAGGCAGGGGCUCCGGGGCCUGCCCUACAGGUUCCUGGCCGGGUCCCUGCCGGAGGCGAAGCGGCUGGCGGUGGCUCGCCGGAGAGGGGCCCCGCCCCUCGACGCCGCCUCCCACGACAUCAUGCCCUUCCUGCUGCCGCCCUUCCACAAAUGGGUCGCGGACUAUGGGAGAACGUUCGUGUACUGGAUCGGGCCAGUCCCUGCAAUCUUCUCUGUCGAUUUAGAGCUGAUCAAGGAGGUGCUGACGGACAGGACGGGCCUGUUCGCCAAGGAUUUCAUGCUCCCCAUUCUGAAGGUCCUCCUGGGCAACGGGCUCAUACUAGCCAACGGCGACGACUGGAGACGCCACAGGAAAGUUGUCCUCCCAGCUUUCAACCACGAGAGGAUCAAGAGCAUGUCGGCAGUGACGGCGGAAGCAACGGAGCAGAUGACGCGGCGCUGGCGCGACCAGAUACUGCAGAGCGGCGCUCAGCGAGCGGCGGAGAUACGAGUAGACCGCGCCAUCUCCGACCUGACAGCAGGGAUCAUCGGCCGCGUGGCUUUCGGCACGAGGGACCAGGACGCCGGCGAGGUCCUCCAGCUGCUGCACGAGAUGCAGGCGAUGGGCGCCGCGGCCAUGCUGGAUGCCCCGAUACUCUGGUAUCUGCCGACUCGGCGCAACCUGAAGGCGCGGCGCCUGGACAAGCUGGUGAGGACCAAGAUCAUGGCGAUGAUGGAGGCGCGGGUGGCCGCCAAGGACGACGCCACCUGCGACGGCGGCCGCGGCGGCGGCGGAUACGGCGACGACCUGCUCGGGCUGAUGCUGGAGGCGUGGUCGCCGGAGCGGCAAGCAGGGAGCGACGGGACGCUGACCACCGACGAGGUGAUCGACGAGUGCAAGACCUUCUUUGGCGCGGGGCAGGAGACCACCGCCACCCUCAUCGUCUGGGCGAUGUUCCUGCUCAGCACGCACCCGCACUGGCAGGAGAAGGUCCGGGAGGAGGUCCUCCGCGAAUUCUCCGGCGACGCCAGCGGCGGCGUCGUCCCCAACACCGACGUCCUCGCCAGAUUAAAACUGCUCCACAUGGUUCUGCUCGAGACGCUGAGGCUGUACCCCCCGAUCGUGUUCAUCCAACGGACGGCCACCUCCGACGCCGUGCUCGGGGGCGUCAGGGUGCCCCGGGGCACGGCGGUGUCGAUCCCCAUCGGCAUGCUGCAGCGGGACAAGGAGGUGUGGGGCGCCGACGCCGACGAGUUCAACCCCAUGAGGUUCAAGAACGGCGUCUCGAGGGCCGCCAGGGACCCCAAUGCGCUGCUGGCCUUCUCCCUCGGCCCAAGAGCCUGCACGGGGCAGAGCUUCGGCGUCGUGGAGGCGCAGAUCGUCAUGGCGAUCAUCCUCAGCAAGUUCUCCUUGUCGCUGUCCCCCAAGUAUGUUCACAAGCCGAAGUAUGUCGUCUCGUUGACUCCCAAGAAUGGGAUGCCUCUCAUCGUAAGGAACCUCGAUGGGUGAGAAGAUUGCCCACAAGUUUCUAGCUAGUGGUGUCUGGAUAAAUUGGCAUCGACGUAUCAUAGUGUUAGUUUCUUUUGUAUUGGAUAAAUGGAUAGGUUACAGUAGCUGGUGUACGUGCUUUCUUGAAGUCAAUCGAACUAGCCUAUCAAUCCGUGCACGCACGGGCUAAUCAGAAUUAAUAAAAAAGGACUUGUAGCUGGUAACUAUAAUUAUCUAUCUCACAUCCUAUUUCAUCUA